AACCAGGGAAGGAUAAACAGUUCCAGUAAUUCUACAGAAACAUGCUGAAAGAGAGUCCGUAUUCUAGGACGGUCCCAUCUUGAAUGCAGCUGUUUUACUCUGGUUUUCUCUCAUUGGUUGGACAUUCUCUGUAUAUAUCUAAAAUAAUAAUAAUAAUUCACAUUUCCUUCACAUUGGUUGUGUCUCAAAAGCUACAGAGCGCAUUUUUGGGAUUAUAAGUGCGUUCCGAGUCAGCUGAUGACGAGAACGACUGUGAUGCUCAAAACGCUGUCUAGGUAGGCAGCUCACUAGUGUUUGAGACACGGCCAGUGUGUCACACGCACAUGAACGCGUAAUGCACGCAGUGAUCUUGAGUGAGAGAGACCUCUGAAUUUCUGCAUCUCCGGACGGAAAGGACAGAAGAAACCGCUGCUCUACAGUCUCAGAUCUUUGUAACUGGAAGAACAAAGAAAGGAGUUUUAUAGUUUCCUCAGUCAUGCAGAAGGCAGGGACGGCCCCGUCCUCCCGGGGUCCAAGUGCUCCUGGGUCCCCAGCCACCCCGAUUGUGGCACGCAUGGACAAUCAGGUCAUUGGAUAUAAAGACUUGGCCGCCAUUCCCAAAGACAAAGCCAUUCUUGAGGUGGAACGGCCAGAUCUGAUGGUGUACGAGCCGCAUUUCAAUAUCUCAGCCCUGGAUCGGAUAGGUCUCUCCAGAAGCAGAGAGAGAUCGAUGUCUCCUCAUUCUAUCUCGCCCCCUCCUUCCCCUGAGAUAUUUGCUUCAAAAGAGUCAAAGGAGUGGUCAGAGCAGGGCUCUCCAGGAGGCUCCAACAUGGGCUCCACGGUGCAGCUCCGCAAAAUCAGCCCCGUGCAGCACUUCCACAGGCCGGACAGUGGCACCAACAUCUACAAGAAGCCACCAAUUUACAAACACGACGGACAGACGGGAACGUCUCAUAGUAAACAUGAUGUCAUCAUUGAGUCCUCCAAGUUCCCAGCAGCCCAGCCGCCUGAUCCCAACCAACCUUCAAAGAUAGAGACCGAGUACUGGCCCUGUCCACCCUCUCUAGCCACUAUGGAGAUUGAGUGGAGGAAGAAGGCGGCCGAGCAGGGAAAGCCACUCGAGGACGAUGAGUUUGAGGAUCUGACAGAAGAUGCAAAGAGACUCCAGGAACAGGAACUUCAGAAGAUACAGUCCAACUUGGGCAAAUUGAUCCUGAAAGAGGAAAUUGAGAAAUCAGUGCUCACCCGCAGAAAAACACGUUCCCUGCCAGACGGGACAAACAUACAGUUGGGAUCAUCAGCCAGUGCUACUAAAUCAGCCUCUUUACCUCCCUGCAGUCGAUCAGGCCUCACGAGGGUAGGUUCCUAUAAUGCUGAUCUAUUUCAUUAUUAUUAUUAUUUUGUCAUUUAA